UGUCGCUUUUAAAUUACAGAUGGAUUUGAAUAUUGUACCAACAGCCAGACCAGUCCUUUCCCCAGUGAAUAUCAAUACUCCAACUACUGAGGCAUCCAGUGUACUUCAAAAGAGGAUACGAAUAGCAGAAAAACAGUCAGAUAUCUUAACGAAUGACCUAGAAAUGUUAGGUUUGGGUGGACAAAGCUUUCAGACUCUUUCUACAAUACCUUUAGAGGAUUCUGAGAACCAGAAGAUCAUUCAUCCUCUCCAGGCCAGGGUUCCUUAUGUUGAAGAAAAUAAUGUUUUGUGGAAGAACUGUGACUCUCUAAUGAAUCGUAUGUGCCAAUUAGAAAGCACCAUGCAAAACCUGAAGGCGAAAAUCUCACAACUUCAGAUUAAAAAAGAAUUGAAUCCACAGAAUUCAGUAGUAUAUCUGAAAGAUCAGCUAAAUGCCCUACCAGAAGAAUAUUCACCAGAUCCGAGGGAGAUGCAUAUGGAAGUCAUGCAUUUGCACAAGCAACUGAGAGAUGUAAAGGAAGAAGGAGAUAAGGCACAAGAUGAAGUUCAAAAGUUGAGUGCUAUACUGGAGAUUGUAGCAGCAACAGAGAUGGAUGCUACAGUUGAUACAGAGCGGCCAAAAGCCAAAAAACACAAAAUGACCCAUAAAAUUCAUCAGCUAAGGGAACAACUAUCCCAAGAGAAGAAUUUACGGGAAUCUCUUGAGAAGUCCCAAGCAGCUAUGCUGUGCAGAGUACAGGAUAUGGAAACAACAGUUGAAUUGGAGCGAGAACAGGUAAAAGCUCUACAACAAGAUUGUUUAACCUUGAGAAAAAAUGUGGAGAUUACUCAAGAACAAUUACAUCAGGAACAGCAAGAAACAGCACAACUGGAGUCUGAGUGUGCAAAGCUGAGGACUGAACUAAGAUCCAAAGAUGGCAUCAUUUCCCAGCUACUUGAAGAUGGAAAGACUUUGCAUUUGUCUUUUAGUCAAGAGCAUAAAGAGAAUAAUUGUUUAAAGUCUGAAUUGGCAUCCUUUCGGGAAACAGCAAGAAAAGUACAGGUGUUAAAUGAUCACUUGAACAAACAGUGUUCAGAUCUGAGUAACAAGCUUCAAACAGUUACUAUGGAGAAUGUCAGACUCAUUGCACAUCAUCAAGCAAUUCUAAAGGCAGAGCAAGAAAAAGUGACUCAAAAGUUGCAAGAACAAGAUUUAAUGCUGGAUGUUACCAAGGCCAGUAUUGUGAAAGAAUUACAAAAUGUUCAGAAUGAAAGAACCCAACUUCAGAAACACCUUAAUGCCUUAUACCUUGAACACAGCAAAUGUAGCCAAAAAGCAAAGGAAAUGGAAAAGAGAACAGCAAUGCAAAAAGAACUACAAGAGUGUACUAUUGUUAGAUUGCGAAGUGAACUAGAAGUAGCACUAAAAGAAAGAAAAUCUCUAUUGGAGGGAAGAGAGAAUCUACACAAGGAGUUAAAGAAAACAGAAAGUGACAUAAUACAAGAAAAAAGCAAAUUUGAAAUGGAAUUAAAGAAAAAUAAGCAGGAAAUGAGCGCCUUAACCAGUACCCUACAGGCUCUUGAGAAGGAGAAUGGGCAAUUGAUGAAUUGGAAGACAGCAAUGGAACACCAAAAAGUAAUUUCUGAAAACCAUGAACAUACCCAGAAGCAGGUGGAGAAGGUCCUGGGAGAAAUAACUGAUAGCAAGAAUAAACUGGCCUAUGAGAAAGGGAAGCUUCAGACAAAAGUUAAACAGCUACAAAAAGAGAUAAAUUCUCUUGCUGAUACUCGUUCAGAGAAUGAGGAUCUCCGCAAGUUGAAUAAGGCCUUGGAAACAAAAUAUGCUCAGGCAAACUUGGAACUUACUAAAAAUAAGAUAAACCUACAAAAGACAAAAGCUCAAUUGAAAAAGAUGCAAUCUAUUCUUGAAAAGAAUGAAGAUGAUUUUUCUCGGGCAAUUAAAUCUUCUGAUGUGUCAUCAAGAGAAAGUCAUAAAAUGAGGGGGCACCUGGAGGCUUUGGAAGACAGGGAAAUGAGCAAGAUUGAAAACUUUCAGCGACAGCUGGCAGAGGCUAAGGAAGAUAACUGCAAAGUCGCCAUCAUGCUGGAGAAUGUUUUAGCUUCUCACAGUAAGAUGCAAGGAGCUCUGGAGAAGGUGCAGAUGGAAUUAGGGCAGAGGGAUUCAGAGAUUUCAGGCUUCAAGAAAGAGAGGCUUAUAAAUCAGCAGACAGUACAGAAGUUAGAAGAAGAAUUGAAUGAAUGGCAAUCCAGACUUCUUUUUGUGGAAACCCAGCACAAUAGUGAGCUGGAACCACUACAUAAUGCCCUAGAUGUAUCCAGAGAGGACAAUAGAAAACUUGCAUUGAGCUUGGAACAAGCUCUAGGGACUAAUAGCCAACUCCAAAAAAUGUUGGACCAUAUUCAAGAAAAAUUGGACAGCAAAGAAAUUGAGCAGCAAACUCUGGAAAAUUAUAGAGAACGGGUUGUUGAGGAAUCCAAAGUGCAAGCUGAGAUGAAUGCUGAACGUAUAGAUUCUUUGAAAAAGCAGUUUCAAUCUGAGAGAGAGACUGCCAGGAAAGCUGCACAACGGGAAACAAAUGAGCUGAGAAAAGCCCUUGAUGAUGCCAACUCCAGAUCAGUGGAAGUGUCCCGGGCCAACAGAGAGCUGCGGCAAAAAGUGGCAGAACUCGAGAAAUCCCUGGCGGGCCUCAAGGAAAAACUGAAAAACCAGAAGGCCCAGAUCCGGCAUUAUUUGUCUUCCAAGGCUCAAAAUGUCCAGAAUAUGGAGAGAAUGAAGCAAAUAGAAACAGAAUUGAGGCAAAUGGAGCUAAUUAAGGAUCAAUAUCAGAAAAAGAAUUAUGAACAGUCUUUGAGUAUCCAGAAAUUUGUGACUGAAAUGGCCACUCUACAAAGGGAAGUACAUAUUUUGGCAAAGAGUGAAUAUGAUUAUUCAGCACGAAACAAGCAACAAGAAUUACGACUAGAGGCGGAACGAAAAAUAAGACAAGAAUUGGAGAGUCGAUGCCAGGAAAUGGAAGAAAUAAUCAGACACCUAAGAAAAUGUAAAGAGGUAACAGAAAAAAAAUUGAAAGAGGCCAGUGUGGAAUCGGAACAGAUAACAGCUAAUCUAGAAGAAGCUCACCGCUGGUUCAAGUCUAAAUUUGAUGGUUUACAACUGGAGCUUACCAAAAACCGGUUACAGCAGUUUCCUCAGGAAGAUAGGUGGAAGGAGGACCUAACUUUUGCAAAUAGGAAUUCAAGGUAUAAUAGGGUACCUGCUCAAUCCAUAUUACACCGCUGGGAGACUAAACAGCAGCUUAGAUACAUGAACAAGAAGUAUCAAUCAGAGAUGGACAGGAAGUGAUCCCCUCCAGCAACAAAAAAAAGCAUCUAAAAUUGCUACUACAGCUCCACAAUCAUGUGAGCUUCAGGACCUGACUGACUUGAAUUUCUUGAUGUUGGCUGAAGAUUUUUGCUUCAAGAAAUUUCUUUCAGGAACUCUUUUCUAUCAACAGGAAAAAGGAAAAAAAGUAAUUCCAAAUCCCCACUCAUUCAUAAAAAUUUAUGUUUUAUUAGUCAUAUUAUAGAGAAUGCUAUAGAA